AUGCGAGCAGCCUUACAUUCCCCUAUAAACGACUUUCUGGCAUAUGCUAUGUUGUCCGGUUGGAGUAAAAGAGGUUACAAAGCUUGCCCUACAUGUGCCCAUAAUACUAAUUCAUAUUGGUUUGGCGGCAGAAUGUGCUACCCAGGGCAUCGAAAAUGGUUGCCAAUUGAUCAUCCUUAUCGUUCUCAAGGUAAUUUAUUUGAUGGGGAAAAUGAAUACGGGGUUGCUCCGGUCCCUGCAAGUGGGAUAGACAUUUUGAAGGAACUAGAAAAGGUUAAGUAUAUUUAUGGACAAUCAAAGAAAGCACAACCAAAGAAAAUAUCUAAGAAAAGAAAGAGACUUCAAGGUGGAACUUCUCAUGAUGAGCCGGAUGAUGAUGAUGGCGGUGAAGAGGAAGCCAAUGUUAAUUGGAAAAAGAAAAGUCUACUCUUUGAGUUGGAGUAUUGGGAACAUAAUCCUCUAAGACAUAAUUUAGAUGUUAUGCACAUUGAAAAGAAUGUGUGUGACAAUGUGAUAGGAACUCUUUUAGGUAGGGAUAAAAGUAGAGAUGAUAAGCAAGCAAGACAGGCUCUCAAAGACCAAAAUAUAAAAUCUCAUCUUUGGCCUCAAUCUGAUCCAAAUCGUGUUAAUGACCAUUUGCCUCCCGCUGAAUACACCAUGUCUACAGAAGAUAAAGAACGUUUUUUAAGGGUCAUAGAAAAGCUUAAAGUUCCCUAUGGAUACGGGUCUAAUUUGCAAAGAUGCGUAAAUAUUAAGCAGCGUAAACUUAUUAAUUUGAAAAGCCAUGACAAUCAUGUCCUCAUGCAAGAUAUUGUUCAUGUUGCUUUAAGAGCAUCGGAUGCCACUAAAGUUAUUGACUUGCUUGAGGAGUUGUCUGACUUUUUCAAGAAUAUUUGUUCGACCACUAUUCAUUCUGAUGACUUGGAUACCAUUCAGUCAAAGCUUGUUUUGACUCUUUGUAAGUUGGAGAAAGCUUUUUUACCAAUAUUCUUCACAAUCAUGGUUCAUCUACUAAUCCAUCUAGUGGAUGAGGUCAAACUUGGUGGACCUGUUGCCGAUGGAUGUGUCCCAUUGAAAGGGUCAAUUGCGGAAGGGUACCUCUUAUGGGAGACAAUUACAUUCUGCUCUAGUUUAGAAAGUGUCGAGACCAUAUUCACCCGACCAAAAAGAAAUGAAGAUGGUGUUCUAGACAAUGACACCUAUUUAUAUCAUUCGGGUUGUCGUGUGGUUGGAAAGCACGAAAACGUUCGUCUCGAUGACAAAAGUUUAAGACAAAUCCAUCGCUAUGUUUUGCUUCAUUCAGAUGAGAUGAAACCGAUUAUUGAUGCUUUCAUAUGCCAAAAACGGCAAGAGGAUGAAUGUGGAGGAAGUCAAUCCAACGAAAUUGUUGAAAAUGGGUGGAUAAUCAAUGAGUUCCCUGAGUGGUUGCGUAAUCAGGCCUAUAACAUAGAUGAUAGUACAACAGAAGGAAAGUUGAGAAAAGCCUUGGCCGGUGGUUUAAGUAAUUACAGUAAAAAACUUAAAAGCGUCAUUGUCAAUGGCUACAAAUUUGAUACUAUGGAACGCGGGCGAUUUCGCAAAACACAAAAUUCUGGAGUUUUUGUGGAAGCAGAUGGCCAAGAGUAUCAUGGAAGACUCCAAGACAUAUUCGAAUUAAAUUACUAUGCUUCUUUCAAGGUUAUAAUGUUUCGUUGUGAAUGGGUUGAUAUACAUGGGGGUUUGAAAACAUACCCAAAUGGUAGUGUUCGUGUCUCGGAGUUGAUGCAUACUGGCCAAAAUUUGCAUGAUGAUCCAUUUGUUUUCUCAUCUCAAGCAAAACAAUGUUUUUACAUUGAGGAUGAGAUACAACAAGGAUGGUCGCAUGUUGUUAAGACUAAGCCUCGGGACUUCUUUGAUAUAGGCGAUGAUGAGCCUUAA